CCUCCCGGGGGCGGGCUUGGCCGUGUUUACCAACAUGGGAGGAGCCCGGCGUGGGCAGGCCGCAGGCUGCCGGUGGCGGGACGGGCCGCUUUCACUUCGCGGGACAGCGGUGGGCAGCGGCGGCAUGGCCCGGAGCCUCCUUCCCCUGCUCCUCGUAGUUAUCUUCAUAAUUGAAACACGAUGCAAAAACAAUACUGAAGCUCUAAUACACACAGCUUACAAUAAAUUAAUUACAAGGAGGAUCAUUGCUAAGAGGGAAACUAAGUGUAAACUAGAUGAAUACAUUUCAGGUGAUGAGUGUUGCAAGAAAUGUGAACGUGGUUUUGUUAAAAAUGUCAUCUGCCCAACAGAUACUACUGAACACUGUGUUCCAUGUACACAUGGAAAGGACUAUAUGGAUCAUGUCAAUGAUUUGGACAAGUGUUUGAGAUGCUCUUCAUGUGACAGCAUAUUUGGUUUGGCAGUUGCAAAGAACUGCACCCCGGAACGGAACACGGAAUGCACCUGUGCAAAGAAUCAUUUUUGCAAUUCUUCUGUACCAUGUAGGCACUGUGAUCCAUGUACCAUAUGUGAAAGUGGUGUAACUGAAAAAGAAUGUACUCCAACUUCAGACACUGUGUGCAGAACAGAAGGAGUGCCAGCGUGGGCCAUUGCUUUAAUAAUUUUGUCAGUACUAUUUGUACCAACUGCAGCAAUAUUGUGGUGGAAGAGAAAACAGAUGGGUUGUACUAGCAAGGAGAACCUGGGUGAAAUAAUCCCCAUAACAGGGGUUUCUUGUGACAAUGAACCUCUCAUAUACCCAGAUAUUGACCUGAGCAGCCAUGUUGCUGGUAUUGUGGAGCAGAUGACACUCACAGAUGUCAAGACAUUUGUUCGUCAUCACCAGAUACCAGAACCUGUCAUAGAUCAAACUCUUCGGGAUAAUUAUCCUGAUACAUUUGAACAGAAGAUUAAGUUGUUUCAAGUCUGGUAUCAAAGACAUGGGAUAAAAAGAGCCUACGGAACCCUAAUAAGCAGCCUGAGAGAGCUUAAGAUGUGCACUGUAGCUGAUCAAAUUGAGGAAAAAAUGAAGGCAGCCAUUUCCAGCUGUCAGGAAGGGGGACAGUCUUAUGGUGAUGACACUGAGCAAAGCAAAACCUGCAAUCCCAGAAGUACAAACUCUUACAAUGAUAGUGCUGACCUAAGUAAAAACAACUCUGGUAGUCUGGAAGAGACAUAGCACAGAAUCAUUUGAAAAUUACUUCAGUAUUUUUCUAGCAAUAUAAAUAACAAAGCUUUUAAAUACCCAUUUUCAUUGGCAGUUUGUUUCAAAGGAGUUAUAUGAACAUGGAAUACUUAGGAUUUUUGCAGCAGUAUCUUUCCUUUAAAAAAAAAAGUCUUAGCUUUUUUUUAGUUGUUAAGAAUUGGAAGGAGAUGUUUUAUGGCUUAUAUUCUACAAGGUAGCACAUAAAAGUCCAGCUUUAGGAUUCCCUACAAGAUGAAAAAAAACUAGUCAUUAUUUGAAGAAAAGCUUUAGUCUAAGUGUAUGGCCCUGCAUUACUUCAUCAAUAUUAUGUUUUGCUUACAUUAAAAUAGUGGGCUGUUGCAUUUUUCAAAAUGAAAACUCUGUUGUUAAGUGUCUACAACGUGUACCAAGAAGAAUACUUGAACAGAAAAAAAUGAUCAAUUUCUAGUACAGGUGUUGCUGUAUAAUUAAAUUCUACUCUGUUGUAAAUGAGAUUUCUCCCUUGUAUAGAAGCACCUGUGUGUAUACAGAGUUUUGUAUAUGUGUGUAUUUAUACAUGUGUGUUUAUAUGUGCAGGUUUUCUAUACAAAAGCUCCCAGAGCUAAAUAAAAAAUAUUUCCCUUGUUCUCUG